AUGCGAUAUGGUUUCUUCUGGUUGCUUCGCUGCAGGAAGGACGAGGCGCUGACGCUCCGCUCGCCUCCGCAGGUCGGCUGCGAGGACGGCUCCGUCAAGCUCUUCCAGGUCCUGCCCGACCGCAUCCAGUUCGAGAGGCAGCUGGACCGGCAGAAAGAGCGCAUCCUCUCUCUCUCGUGGCAUCCGUCUGGGACCAGGAUUGCAGCUGGCUCCAUUGACCGCUUCUACAUCUUUGAUAUCAAAUCCGGCCACGUCAGCCGGCAGAUACUGGUGGAAAGACGUCUGCAAGGCUCCCCCAGCCCAAAAUGCCUGGUGUGGGACCUGGCCUUCCUUUCAGAUGGCACAGUGGUCAGUGUGGACUCUGCUGGAAAAGUGCAGUUCUGGGAUUCGGAGAUGGGCACCCUGCUCUCCAAGCAUCCCAUCAGCAAAGCUGCAGUGCUUUCGGUGGCCGUGGCUGAGGCAGAAGAUAGUCUUGUUGUGGGCACGUCGGAGGGAACGGUGUAUCAGUUCCAGCUGCUACCAGUGAAGCUGGGCGGCUCUGAGCACCACUGGGUGCGGACCAGGCUCUUUCGGCAUCACACUCAUGAUGUGCGGACAGUGGCGCACACCGCCACGGCAUUCAUCUCUGGAGGGCUGGAUGGGCAACUUGUGAUCCGACCCCUGAUGGAGAAGGUGGAGUCGAAGACCUACGAAGCUGCCCUCCGCAUAGUCGCCUUCCCUCACAGGUGCCUUGUCUCCUGUGCCAGGAGAGCCCGUCUCCUCCUCUUCCAGUACCCCCAGCACCUGGAGCUCUGGAGGCUCGGCACCACAAACACAUUUGGAAGGCCUGGCGAAGUCUUGCCGGUGUCCUGCCCCCCCCAGAACCUGCUCCAGCUGAAGGCCAAGGGCCCAGAGCAUAUCCGCAGCAGCUGCGUCUCUCCGUGCGGCAGCUGGAUCGCCUACUCCACAGCUACCAGGUUCUAUCUGCAUCGGGUUCAGCUCACUGGCGAGCAAGUUUCCAUCAACAGGGUCCUCAAGACUCCCAAGCUGAACGGCUCAGCCCACCACCUCCUUUUUUCCAGCGACUCCACCAGGCUUUUUGUGGCAUCGGAUUGUGGCUGCGUGCAUGUACUUUCACUCUUGCAGUCAGGGGCCUGCAAGCACCUACACACUCUUCGUCCGAAUUUGGAGAGAUCGGAAGCGGUGUAUCAGCUGGCAGUGAGCGCAGAUGGCAAGUGGUUGUCUGCAGCUGGUGGGGACCGGGAUAUCUGUAUCUAUAACUUGGAAAACACCAAGCUUCACUGUACUGUGCCGUCAUAUGGGUGCCCAGUGACUGCGUUGGCAAUCCAUCCAGUGACCAAUAACCUCAUCAUCGCGCAUUCGGAUCAGCAGGUGUUUGAGUUCAGCAUCAGGGACAAGGGGUACACGCCCUGGAGCCGGAAGCUGCAGCAGCUGGGGCUGCACAAGGAUUGGCUGGAGCGAGACACGCCCAUCACCCACAUUGCCUUCCGCCCCAGGCACCCCUCGCACGUCCUGCUCCAUGACACGUACAUGUUCUGCAUCCUGGACACAUCGCUGCCGCUGCAUGAGGAUGCUGCGGCCUCAAAGAAACAGGCACAACUCGUGAAGACGACCCAGCGCAAUCGCGUCCACGCCUUCAAGAUCUGCAAGAGGUUUCAGCCUCUGCUGUUUGUGGAUUUCCUGGAUGAUACUUCUUUGGUGGUGGUGGAGCGGCCCCUGAUGGACAUCAAAGCCCAGCUGCCACCGCCCGUCUAUCAGAAGAAAUUUGGGACAUAAAGAUGCCGCUCUGCAGAGACCUCGAGGAAGCUCUGCAAAGGCUGUCCUUGCAUCGUCCAUUGAGGGGGGCUGCCCAGUGCCCCUCCCUUCGGAAGCAGGGGGCUGCUGGUGUUAGGAGCAACUGUUCACGGGCACCCAGGGCCGCCGUCUUCUCUGCAGCCUCCCUCCCGCAUCCCUGAGGUCGCUUGUUUUUCCGCCAUUAUUUAUCUGGCAGGGAAAGCUGCUUUGAGCGGAGGAAAGAGGGGCACUCCCUCAUAAUAAUUAACUUCUGUGCCUGGGCAGCUGAGACCGGCUGGGCCUCUUGGCUCAGGAGUUCUGGCAUCGACUGGUGGCAGGAGACUUGGGUGCUUUUCUCUGAACCGUUCCCGUGAAGAAUCACAAGGAAUUACUCUUGUGCACGGCGUGUAGGAGCACGUCCCUUGCCCGGGAAAGGCGCAGCUUGGGUAGGCUGACCCGGUAGCCGCAUCCACUCUGGAAAAAGCCUGCUGCGUGUGGCCUGCAGCCAAAGGGCGAGCAGGACUUCCUCCCAGCGAAUGGCUCCGUGGAGGCCCUUCAGCGGCCCCAGGUUCCCUCCGGCUCUGCUGGCGCCAGAUCCUAGGCAGGCGCUUAACUGCCACCUUGAACCCCACCUCUGCAGCACCGGGAACCCUGGUUUCCGCCCCAACUAGCAAGAACGGCAGAGUCAGCAGGGAGGGAGGGAGGGAGGGGGCUGCCCCUGACCUUGCUUUGUUUUGUGUUUCUCCAGGAAGGGUGUGAGCGUGUGUGCGUGUGUGUGCAAGUGACCCUGCAUUCCCAGGGAGAGAGAAGGGAACCGCUACAGAAGGGAACGAACGGCCCGUUCUCUGCUGCUCAGCGGGGCUUGAAGGUGGCGUCCUCUGCCAGGAGAUCGCUGCCCCAGCUCUGGGAGCCCCCUCCCUCACCCCCUCGUGGAUUUAUGCAGAGUUAGCUCUGAGUUUGGCUAAAAAACCCGCUGUGGUGACUGAAUUCAAGGAAACGAAACCUCCCUCCUUUGUCCACAGAAUGUCUGGACCGCUCCUCUUGACCAAGAACAGGAUGCUCUUUCAAAUAAAGACCCCUCAGGCUG